CUGGCCCCGGGUCGCCUCCCUCGUGCGCUCCCACCGGCUGCACCUCUCCCUCACCUCCACCACCCUGCUUGCCUUCGUGGUGUGGCAGACGCUGAGCGCCGCGCGCGACACGCUGCUCGCCCAGCGGCCGGGUCCUGUGUUCGCGAUGAUGGGGCUGGCGGUGGCGAUGCACGUGGCGUACCUGGGGGCGAAUUACCUGGUCGUGUGGCAUGUGCUGCGCGCCCCCCUGAGAGAGGCCAUCGCGACCGUCAUCAUGGCCAGCCAGAAGUCCGCCCCUGUUGCCGUGACCACCAUCACCUUCCUCACCCGCGACCCGGCGCAGCAGGGGCUGCUGUCGCUGCCAGCGAUCGUGGGACAGCUGUGUCAGAUCUUUAUUGGCGCGGCACUGGCGCCCUGGCUGGCGGGAGUGGUUGCCCGAAGCGAGCUGCCCAAGGAGCUCGCCCUCUCGACUGCUGCCUCUGCUGCUGUGCGGGCUGAGUCGCCGCAGCAGCAGCAGGAGGGGAGUGCCGGUAAGGGGCGGGCGGGUAGCCAUCAUGGGAGGCAGCCGGAGGGGCAGCUGCUGCAGGCUGCUGAGGAGGGCCGAGCGGGCGGUGAUGCGGGCGGCGGCGGCAGCGGCAGCGUCAAGGCCGUUAAGGCGGCUGAUGUUGGUGGUACCGCUGCUGUGGAGAGGCUCCUCCCCAGCAGCCCCUGUAGGGUAGCAGCAGCAGCAGUGGGUGUAAGCAGCAACACCACCACCACCACCACCACCAGCAGCAGCAGCAGUAGCGGCGAACGCAGCAGCAGCGAGAAAGCAAGCGCUGCGGCACCGGUCGCAAAGGAGCCGGGGUGAUCCGCUUUGUUGGGUCUGUUGAGUCAAGAAUCUUGUAAGAUGUGG